AUUUGUAGAUGUCUGUGUUUAAUUUAAUUCUAAUAAAAAUCUGUUUCCCCUGUCUGAUACUGACAGAUUUGGCUAUCUAUCCGUGCUACGGUAGAAAAAUCUGACGAGGUAGCACAGAUAGUCAGAACACCGGUGUUUGCGCUGGAGCUGACAGGGGGCCGAGGCGAGCCCCCCGCCUUGUGCAACGCAUCCUUCUAUUCUGCGGUAAAGAUGGCGGCGUCAGAGGGGGCGCGCAGCGGCUCGACAACGGGAAAACGGCUCUGAUUCGAUCUACUUUGACUGCUUAAAUUCUUCGGAGAGCUUUCGUUACUCCUCAUAAUUCAUCUGGACCACCCGGAUAGAGAAAAUCGCUGUCACACGCCAGGGUUGUGAUUUUAUUGUUAGAGGCAGGCGGGGUGGGUUUCACUGGUAGCUGCUAUCGUUAGCCGAGCCAGCUAACACGGGCUAGUUCACGUUCGUGGAGAACACCGGAGAGAGGUUUCGGGCUAGGCCGCUGCAGCUCGGGGGAAUGUGAACCGUAGGGACACGGUGGGGGGAGGUUUGCUUGCUUGGUCCCAAACGUCCUCACGCAAAAGUACCGGGAUGGGACAGCAGGUUGGCCGCGUCGGUGAGGUUACAUCGACCGGACUCCAGCCGCCACAUCCCCACGCGUCCCAGCCACACCAGGGGAAGGGGAGCCGGGGGAGCGUCGCCGGGAGGAGACCCCGGGAACCCGGCUGCAGCACCAUGAUACCGCCGGUCAGGACAACCGUGACCAACGCGCCCGACCCAGGGAUAAAUAUAUUCACGCAGCAUUCAGAAGUUCUGACCGAGGCAGUGCGAUGGAGCUCUAAGGAAAACCUGCUGGGGGCGACUGAGAGUGACCCCAACCUCUUCGUUGCACUUUAUGACUUUGUUGCAAGUGGGGACAACACACUCAGCAUCACCAAAGGUGAGAAGCUGCGUGUGCUGGGCUACAACCAGAAUGGAGAGUGGAGUGAGGUGCGGUCGAAGAACGGCCAGGGUUGGGUUCCCUCCAACUACAUCACGCCAGUCAACAGCCUGGAGAAGCACAGUUGGUACCACGGGCCGGUCUCCCGCAGCGCUGCAGAGUACCUGCUUUCCUCCCUCAUCAAUGGCAGUUUUCUGGUCCGGGAAAGUGAAAGCAGCCCUGGCCAGCUGUCCAUCUCUCUGCGAUACGAGGGGAGAGUGUACCACUACCGGAUCAACACGGCCACUGAUGGAAAGGUGUACGUCACAUCCGAGAGCCGUUUCGCCACCCUGGCUGAGCUGGUCCACCACCACUCCACUGUACCUGACGGCCUGGUCACCACGCUACACUAUCCUGCACCCAAAUGCAACAAGCCCACUGUGUAUGGCGUUUCCCCCAUUCACGAUAAAUGGGAGAUGGAGCGCACAGACAUCACCAUGAAGCACAAGCUGGGAGGAGGCCAGUACGGGGAGGUUUAUGUUGGAGUUUGGAAGAAGUACACCCUCACUGUGGCUGUCAAAACGCUCAAGGAGGACACUAUGGAAGUUGAGGAGUUUCUGAAAGAGGCAGCGGUUAUGAAAGAAGUUAAACACCCAAACCUCGUUCAGCUACUUGGUGUGUGCACAUUGGAGCCUCCUUUCUACAUUGUGACAGAGUACAUGCCACAUGGCAACCUCCUGGAUUACUUGAGAGAUUGUGAAAAGUCUGAGGUGAAUGCUGUGGCGCUGCUUUACAUGGCCACCCAAAUCUCCUCUGCUAUGGAAUAUCUGGAGAAGAAGAAUUUCAUCCACAGGGACCUGGCGGCAAGAAAUUGCCUGGUGGGUGAAAAUCACGUUGUGAAAGUUGCAGACUUUGGUCUGAGCCGCUUGAUGACCGGCGACACUUACACUGCCCACGCCGGAGCCAAGUUCCCCAUCAAAUGGACGGCACCAGAGAGCCUUGCAUACAACACCUUCUCCAUCAAAUCUGACGUCUGGGCAUUUGGUGUGCUACUGUGGGAAAUUGCCACCUAUGGCAUGUCUCCAUACCCAGGCAUAGACUUGUCUCAAGUCUACGAUCUCCUGGAGAAAGGCUAUCGUAUGGAGCAACCAGAAGGAUGUCCACCCAAAGUUUAUGAACUAAUGAGAGCAUGCUGGCAGUGGAGUCCUUUAGAUCGACCUUCAUUUGCAGAGAUACACCAGGCCUUUGAGACAAUGUUCCAUGACUCCAGCAUUUCAGAAGAGGUUGCAGAGGAGUUGUGUAAGACGGCGCACUCUGUGAGUCACGACAUGCCCCUGUUGCCUUCCAAAUCCCGCACACUCCACAAGCACACAGAGAACAAGGAAAACAUCGAGGGUGGACUGGACGGCCACUCUGACCACAGCACCCACAGCCACUCAGGUUGGACUUCUUUGUUCGGAGGGGACGGCCGAUCAAGCAGCUCCCCAGCUCUCCCAAGAAAGCAGCAACCUCGAGAUAAAUCUCCCAGCAGCCUCUUGGAGGACGCGCAGGACAUCGGCACAUUCACACGAGACCGCAAAACUGGCUUCUUUAGCUCCUUCAUUAAAAAGAAGUCUACCUCCUCAUCCUCUUCGCCGUCUUCCCAGGUGCAACAGAACCUUCCCACACCUCCCAAGAGGAGCAGUUCCUUCCGGGAGAUGGAGACGCAGCCUCACAAGAAAUAUGAACCCACAGCCGACUUCAGCGCGCCUCCGCCCUUGCCCCAGUCAGACAGUUUAGGGGGCUUCUCUGCCUCUCCCUCUCACUCCCACGGGGAAGCCACCCAGUCCCAGUCUCGCUGCUGUGGGGCCGCUUUCGGACAGAAACCUUCCGCCGGGGGCCUUGGUGCUCAGCUGACGAGUGGCAGCAGCUGGAGUGGACUAGCUGGCUUCUUCACCCCCAGACUCAUCAAAAAGACCCUGGGGCUUCGUACUGGAAAAACAGCCUCUUCAGAUGAGAGUGGUAUAGUUGGAGGACCGAAACCUUUCCCUAGGUCGAAUUCUACCUCCUCGAUGUCAUCUGGGCUGCCGGACCUGGAGCGCAUGGCUCUGACUUUACCGAGGAACCGCAGCGCAAAGCCGCCUCUGGAGAGAACUGCCUCCACAACCUCUCAGCCGGAGAACGGGGCCGCUCGUCCCUCCGAAAAUUUGUUGAGGAGGAUGGAUGAGGGAACCGCGCAGAUCAGGGAUAGGCCAAAAGCCAAGCUACUACCCCGGGGUACUGCUGUAGGGGUGAGGGCACCUGGGGUCGGGGGGGAGGUCGGGGAAUCAGAAAGUCUGUCUCGGGUGAGAGACAGCAGAGAGGAAGGUGGAGGGCUGGACAGGCAGCAGAGUUGGUCGUCUCCUUCCAAGAACUCCACCUCAACUCAUAAUCACAAAGUCCCGGUCCUCAUCUCCCCGACGCUGAAGCACAGCCCAGCCGAUGUGCACCUGGUCGGGCUGGACUCUCAGGGGAAUCGCUUCAAGCUGCUGUCUGAGCACCAAGGCGAGCGGGACAGGCCACGGCUGGUAAAACCCCGCUGCGCUCCUCCUCCUCCCCCAACUCUACGUGGUCUGCAGCAGUCCUACAGCUGUGACAGUGAGGACCAGGUCAGUGGAGCCCCUGUGGAAGUGAACGGAGACACAGUAAAAGGUCAGAGGUCAGGGCGAAUGUCAGGAGGAGCAACGACAGGUAGACCAUCAGUGCCACCGCCACAAGUGCCUCCUGCUUCUUCAUCCUCCUCCUGUCCUGCGAGCACCAACACGACUCCCACCAAAUUGGCCAACGGAGCUGCUACCACCGCCUCCUCUUCACAAACAGCACCAUCUGCUGGCUCCAAAGUGGCACUGCGGCGAACCAGGCAGCAGGUGGAGAGGGUGCCCCUGGAGAGGGUUAGCCGCGAAGCCCUGCUGGAGUGCGCUGAGAGCCUCAGCACCGUGCUCAGCGCCAGCUCCGACAGCCCCUCCAGCAGCCAGGUUCUGGACGCCGGCCACCAGCUGCUGGACUGCUGCUCAGGUUACGUGGACUGCAUCCCUCAAAUGAGGAACAAAUUUGCCUUCCGAGAGGCAGUGGGCAAGCUGGAGCUGAGCCUGCAGGAACUGAGGGCCUCUUCUUCUGGAGGCGGGGGCCUGAGCAGUGUGGGGUCCAACACUGUGCUGGACAACCUGCACAACAGUAUCAAAGAGAUUAGCGAUGUAGUACAGAGAUCACAUAACAGUUGGGAGGUGGAAAGCACAGGAUGGCAGCAGGUUGACCUGGCCGUGUUUUCUUUUAAGUGUCCUUCACAGGAUGGGCAGUGCUGGAUUCCCUGUAGCCUUGUAGGGCCCCAGUGCCUCAGAUUAUUUAAUGAGUGCAGAGACCUACUUUACACCUGUCACACAGGACUGAACUCUCACCAGACUAAACUGCAGUACGUCUUUAGCACAUGAGCGACACAUGGAUUUAUUUGACUUAGAGAGAGAAAUGCUUUUUAGAAUGUAUGAAUUUUAACUAAAUUAUUUUUGUUCAAAGCACAGGCAUAUUUUGAGAGGAAAAUUAUGGAGAUUUUUCAUUUGUUUCUUCAGAUUUAAGAAGCGUAUGUGUGUCGAUGGCUUAAAGAGAAAUGUUGUGAAAGAUCUCUUUGAAUGUAUUAACCCUCUUUCCUGAACCUGAUAAAAUGUUUGACUUUUGUCUUUA